UUUGACAUGGCCUUUGAGCUCUUCUUCGUCGCAUUCUCUGUUUUAACAUCCUCAUCUUCAGCUACACUCGGUCUGAUGAAGUUGUUCCUCAGCUGUCCUGUGCACGUCAUAAAAACUUUUGUCCGUUGGCGGCUUAGAUUUCGACCGGCAAAAGGCCGUCUCAACCUUGAUGUUCCUCCGCUCUUGUAAAUUAUUAUUAUUAUUAUUUAUUUAUUUUUUUAAAGUAUAACUGGAGCAUGAGAAUGGAAGGGAGAUUGAUUUGCGAAUAAAGGGAGGUGAGGGAAGGAAACAAAAUGGAGGAAGAGAAAGAAUUGGAGGGGAGCGGUGGGUUUAUUGGUGGUUUAUGGAGAGAAGUAAGGGAGCUGAGUCUGGGUGUGGGAACCUCAAUCGACCGUCUCGACUCUCCUCCUUCUUCACUCCGUUUCCUAAGACAUUAUGUCUCCUCCAACAAACCCUGCAUCAUCUCCAACGCCAUUCUUCACUGGCCUGCUCUCUCCACAUGGCCCCAUUUCUCCCCUUCUUCAUUUUCCCUUCUUCCCGAACAGCACCACGUCGUCUCCGUCCACCUCACCCCCCAUGGCCGAGCUGACUCCCUCGUCCCCCUACCCGACGAUCCUUCCUCCCUUUGCUUCGCCUCUGCCCACGUCCAGCGCAUGCCCUUCCACCAAGCCCUCCAACACAUCGUCUCUCCUCCUCUUCCCAAUUACGUUGCUUAUGCUCAGGAGCAGAACGACUGCUUUCGCUCUGAGUACUCCCAUCUUGCCCACGACAUCGAUGCUCACAUCCCAUGGGCCACUGAAGCCCUCGGCACCCUUCCUGAAGCAGUCAACCUCUGGAUUGGAAAUCACCUCUCUGAGACAUCCUUCCACAAGGACCAUUACGAGAACCUCUAUGCUGUCAUCUCUGGAGAGAAGCAUUUCCUCCUCCUCCCUCCCACUGACUUCCAUAGGAUGUACAUACGUGAUUACCCUGCUGCUCGAUACUCCUUUUCUCAGGAAACUGGAGAGUUCACAUUGCAACUGGAAAGCCCACUGAGAUAUGUUCCUUGGUGCAGUGUAAACCCUUACCCUUCUGCCUCAACCAAGGAGCGAGAGAUGUCACUCUACCCAUUAUAUUUCAAUGGCCCCAAGCCAUUUGAGUGUACUGUUAAGGCUGGGGAGAUCCUUUACUUGCCAAGUAUGUGGUUUCAUCACGUGAGGCAGAGUCCGGACAACAAAGGGCGGACCAUUGCCGUUAAUUAUUGGUAUGAUAUGCAGUUUGAUAUCAAAUAUGCAUAUUUUAACUUUUUGCAGUCAAUUGAUUACCAUUAUGUUAAUGCAUCUUCUGGAAAGAUAUUGGAGUAUCAUGAGGAUUCACAUUUGGAUGUGGGUGUUUCUGAUGCAAGAAGAGAUGGGUCUCAUGCUGCUGAGUCCAAAGCCAAGAGGAUAUUACGGAAUGCUAACACCUGAAUGAACAGUGGUGCAAUUGUAGUAUCAUCUAUUCAGGCCCAUGAGUUUGAGAUUUGUCGCCAAACAACUGGUGCAGUGCAAAUGAAGAGAUGAUGAGAGUUUGAGCAUAGUUGUCUUGGUUUAGUGGAAAGAUAUUCUUUGAAGGUUGCUUAUUAGUGGCUGUUAAGAGAAUUUCAAGUGAGCCCCAAGUGGAAUUUUUGCUUUUGGGGCCUGGGAUUAUACACCAUUAUAAGGAAAUUUGCAAUAUGAUGAGAAUCUGUUUAUCUGCAGUGGAUUCGAAUGCUCGAUUGAACCGAAUUUGAAUUGUCAGGCUGAAUUUCAGAACUUUUUUUUUCCAGACUGUAUCCGAAUACUCAGUUGAACUGAAUACUGAAAUGUGAUUAUUCCAUUUCAAUAAUAAAUGAGCACCAACAUUGUUUAAAGUCCAA